AUAAAAUCCCACACUCCCUCUUUCCUUCCACACACAACAUAUCUUCUCUUGUUCUUCCUCUUGUGAGAAAACAAAACACACUGAGAGACAAACAAGGUUUCUCUCUUUUGAGGAAAUUUCUUCACUAUGGAGGCACCAUCUCCAACCAAACCCAUUGACCCAACAAAGCCUUCCAUCACCACCCUCAGUGUGGAGGCCAGCCAGGCUGAGCCGAGCCCACUCCGAAAAAUGUUUGCUGUGGCGUCCAUAGCCGCGGGCAUACAGUUCGGGUGGGCUCUUCAGCUUUCUCUGCUCACCCCUUACGUUCAGCUCUUAGGAGUUCCACACGCCGCAGCCUCCUUCAUCUGGCUCUGCGGUCCCAUAUCCGGACUUGUGGUGCAGCCCAUUGUGGGGUACUACAGCGACAAAAGCACUUCUCGCUUCGGUCGCAGACGCCCCUUUAUUCUCGGAGGUGCAGUGGCUGUCGCCAUAGCUGUAUUUCUUAUCGGUUAUGCAGCCGAUAUAGGGUACUCAGCUGGCGACGACAUAACCAAAAAAACCCGUCCUCGGGCCGUUGGGGUGUUCGUCAUAGGAUUUUGGAUCCUAGAUGUUGCAAACAACAUGUUACAAGGUCCUUGCCGUGCCUUUCUGGCUGACUUAGCGGCUGGGGACCAGAGAAAAACCAGAAUAGCAAAUGGGUUUUUCUCGUUCUUCAUGGCCGUCGGCAACGUGUUGGGAUACGCAGCGGGGUCUUAUAGUUCUCUGCACAAGAUUUUUCCCUUCACGCAGACCAAGGCGUGCGAUGUUUUCUGCGCCAAUCUGAAAAGCUGUUUCUUUUUCUCGAUCUUGUUGCUGCUGUUCUUGGCCACGGUAGCUCUCAUUUACGUAAAGGACAAGCCCGUACCGCCACGGGCGGUGCAAGAGGACGUGCAGCCCUCGUGUUUCUUUCAGCUCUUCGGGGCGUUGAAGGAGCUGAAAAGACCCAUGUGGAUGCUCAUGUUGGUCACAGCUAUCAACUGGGUCGGGUGGUUCCCCUACUUCCUGUUCGACACUGACUGGAUGGGUCGCGAGGUGUACGGCGGAACGGCUGGAGAGGACGCGUACGCGAAGGGGGUGCGCGUGGGGUCUCUGGGACUCAUGGUAAACGCCGUCGUUUUGGGGUUCAUGUCGCUGGCGGUUGAACCGUUGGGGCGCAUGGUUGGGGGAGUGAAGAGGCUGUGGGGCAUCGUGAACUUCAUUCUCGCGAUUGGGUUCGGGAUGACCAUCGUCAUAACCAAGGUGGCGGAGCACGAGCGCCACAUGAACCCCGCCGCAGUGGGCCACCCCUCCACCGGCGUCACAGUUGGGUCCAUGGUUUUCUUCGCCGUUCUCGGAGUACCCCUUGCGGUAACGUUUUCUCUCUGUUCUCGACGUGUUUUAAACGACUGCGUUUGGUUUACUGAUUUUGGGUUACAAAUUUACAAACUUUAACGUUUCUUUCUAAAUCGAUUAAAUCAUCAACCCAUCAUUUCGGUAAUUAAAUUAUUCAU